CCAACCUCACUCUCUCCUCCCAUCUUUUAUUAAUUCCGAUCCCUCCUCACUCCGCGACCAAGCCCUCACCCUAGAUGGCUCUCCUCCCGCGAACCGCACGCCUUGCCCUCCUCUCGUCCCAGCGGGCGGCGGCCGCGAUCCCGGCUGCGAUGCCCUACUCUUCGUCCGCCUCUUCGCCGCCGUCCCCGGCCCCGUACGCCAGCCCGCUGCCACCGUCCAAGUCGUCGCCGACAGGGCUGUCGAAGGCGGCGGAGUACGUCAUAUCGAAGGUGGACGAUCUGAUGAACUGGGCCCGGCGCGGGUCGAUCUGGCCGAUGACCUUCGGGCUCGCGUGCUGCGCCGUGGAGAUGAUGCACACCGGGGCUGCUCGCUACGAUUUCGAUCGGUUCGGCGUGAUCUUCCGGCCCAGCCCUCGCCAGUCCGAUUGUAUGAUCGUUGCCGGUACCCUUACCAACAAGAUGGCCCCUGCCCUUCGCAAGGUUUAUGACCAGAUGCCUGAGCCUCGCUGGGUCAUUUCCAUGGGCAGCUGUGCUAAUGGUGGGGGAUACUAUCACUACUCGUACUCGGUUGUUCGUGGCUGUGACAGGAUUGUUCCUGUUGACAUCUAUGUCCCUGGAUGCCCACCCACAGCUGAGGCCUUACUCUAUGGUGUUCUCCAGCUCCAGAAGAAAAUCAACAGGCGGAAGGAUUUCCUUCACUGGUGGACCAAGUGAAACCCUCUGAGCUGUUUGGUUCAGUUGAAUGAUUUGUUCCCCAUCUUGACUUGCAUGCUAAAAAUAAAUGAUAAUAUGCUGAAUUAUUCAGCUUGUGCUUAUUCUCUGAAGGCCUUGUUAAGUCCUGGCUUGUUUGUUUCUUCUUAUUUCUAAGGGAGUCCUUGUUUGUUUUUAAUGAGACCCUGGAUAUAUGUAACGAUAAUGUACUUUGAAACCAACGCUUUUAGUUCCUCCCCUUUU